CCCCGCCUCCGGGUCGGCUCCCUCGGCGCCACGCCGCCACCGAGCCCCGAGCAGCCUGGCCGUCGCGGCCGCCGCGCCACCAAACUUUCCCCGGAGCCGGUGUCGGUCAUGGUUUGGACUAUGUCUCCUCCAGGAAGCCUUCUCUGCUUACACCCUUCCUGUCUUGGGCAGAGUGAGCCACUUCCCCAGCAUCCGUGGCUCUCCCAUUCACCACCAUAGCACUCGUCAUGUUGCGUGGAAGUGAUCUGAGCACACUCCUUAGAGACACUGGGCGCAGCAGAGCCAAAAGGUGGCAAAGGAGUCCUUGAUGACAUCCUCGAAGAGCGGAGCUCACCCACCCCGGAGCUGUGCUGACUCAGGACUUCUUGUUAGAGCGAGAAGACACUUCCUUAUCACUUCAGCCAAGGAGUGAGCCGUAGCUGGAGGCUACACUUGUGCCAAUGACCUGUCCCAAUUCCUCCUGCGUCUUCGAAGACAAGAUGUGUGAGGGGAAUAAGACUGCCCCUGCCAGCGAUGCCCAGCUGACGCCCCUGGUGGUGGUCCUGAGCACCAUCUCCUUGGUCACAGUGGGACUCAACCUGCUGGUCCUGUACGCUGUGCGCAACGAGCGGAAACUGCACACCGUGGGGAACCUCUACAUCGUCAGCCUCUCGGUGGCCGAUCUGAUUGUGGGGGUGGUCGUCAUGCCCAUGAACAUCCUCUACCUCCUCAUGUCUAGGUGGUCCCUGGGGCGUCCUCUCUGCCUCUUCUGGCUUUCCAUGGACUAUGUGGCCAGCACGGCAUCCAUUUUCAGCGUCUUCAUCUUGUGCAUUGACCGCUACCGUUCUGUGCAGCAGCCCCUCAAGUACCUGCGGUAUCGUACCAAGACCCGAGCAUCCAUCACCAUCCUAGCCGCCUGGUUUCUCUCCUUCCUGUGGAUUAUCCCCAUUCUGGGCUGGCGUCACUUCCAGCCAAAGACCCCAGAGCCCCGGGGGGAUAAGUGUGAGACGGACUUCUACAACGUCACGUGGUUCAAAGUCAUGACCGCCAUCAUCAACUUCUACCUGCCCACCUUGCUCAUGCUCUGGUUCUAUGCCAAGAUCUACAAGGCUGUGCGGCAACACUGCCAGCACCGGGAGCUCAUCAACGGGUCCUUCCCCUCCUUCUCUGACAUGAAGAUGAAGCCGGAGAACCUCCAGGUGGGCACUAAGAAACCGGGGAAGGAGUCCCCCUGGGAGGUUCUGAAAAGGAAGCCAAAAGACACCGGGGGUGGACCUGUCUUGAAGCCACCAUCUCAAGAGCCAAAGGAGGUGACAUCUCCAGGUGUCUUCAGCCAAGAGAAGGAAGAGAAGGAUGGAGAACUGGGCAAAUUCUACUGCUUCCCGCUUGACACUGUGCAGACGCAGCCGGAGGCAGAGGGGAGUGGCAGGGGCUACGCAGCCAUCAACCAGAGCCAGAACCGGCUUGAGAUGGGUGAGCAGGGCCUGAGCAUGCCUGGGCCUAAGGAGGCCUUAGAGGAUCAGAUCCUAGGUGACAGCCAGUCCUUCUCCCGGACAGACUCGGACACCCCCGCAGAGCCGGCACCGGGGAAAGGCAAGUCGCGAAGCGAGUCUAGCACAGGCCUGGAGUACAUCAAGUUCACUUGGAAGAGGCUCCGCUCGCAUUCGAGACAGUACGUGUCUGGCUUGCACAUGAACCGAGAGCGGAAGGCUGCCAAGCAGUUGGGUUUUAUCAUGGCGGCCUUCAUCAUCUGCUGGAUUCCUUACUUCAUCUUCUUCAUGGUCAUUGCCUUCUGUGAGAGCUGCAGUAACCAGCAUGUGCACAUGUUCACCAUCUGGCUGGGCUACAUCAACUCCACGCUGAACCCCCUCAUCUACCCCUUGUGCAAUGAGAACUUCAAGAAGACCUUCAAGAAAAUUCUGCACAUUCGUUCCUAGGAGAGACUCCCAGGGGAUGCAACCAAGUGACGCUUAAUGACGUCCCUGAAGGAAGUGAAGGAGGAAGCCUGUUGCGUUGCCAGGCACCUGGGCUUUCUGGAGUCGGAAGAAUGGUCUUAGGGGCUGGGGAGUUUGGAAAGUUCAUAGGCGCAGUGGGAAGAACAGCAGAUGGCGGUGGUCAGCAGAGAGAUUGUACUCUGAGAGCCGAAUAUUUGCAAGAGACUCAGAUCUGUCCAAGCUCCCCUGUUCCCCGGGAAUGUGGGGGCCUCAGGCUAACACUGUAAUUCCAGCUUUCACACUCAAAUUAUCAGGUGACCGAAGGGACGUGUGGGUAGAGUUCCAGUGGAACUCUGGAGCCUUCUUCAAAUGGAGCUCCACAUCUGUGGAGCAGAGACCUUAGACAUGCAGAUAGAUGCUGUCCCUGACCGGGGUCACCUUGAAAGGCAGGACAGCUACUCCACUGUGACUGCCACGUCUCAAAACACCUCUCUUCUGAGCCUCUUUUGCAGCUUUCUCCAGAUCCAGUGCCUGAACCACCAUGGCCGAUUCCACCUUAUUAUUUCUCACUCAUGUACAUCUUAAGAGUUGAUGGGAAAUGAUGCAGUCUGCACAUCCAUCAUUUUCAAACCCAAAUUCCAUUCUCCUAUUAAAGAAGAGGUUAAAUGCCUCCCUCAAAGAGAAAAAGGAAUCUUUUUUAGAUGGUUGUAUAUUAGAAAUGAAAAAAGAGGAGUGGGGAGAAGAAAGCCAAUUGCUUGAGGGCUGUGCCAGGUUGAUGUCAUUUAAGCCCCAUGACACCCCACAACAGGAGGAUGGUGUUACGAGAAAAGCAAACGGAGGAACAGCAAGGUGCAAGAAGGGACCUGAGAUCACACAACUAGUUAUAAGAAAGCUGGAGCAAACAUCCUGUGGCUUCAACUCACUGUAACACAUUUUCUCCAAAAGGCAAAAAUUUGUUCUAUUCAGUACACACACACACACACAUUCAUAAUUCCCGACAGCGGUGGCAGUUCACAAGAGUAUAUUGAGAGGAGGAACAGCUGACAUAGAAUGUGGCCACAGAGGUGAUACUUGAAGCGGGGACAGUAUACUUUUUCAUCUGUGAAUUCUGCUGUGUUUAUCCAAGAAACAUCAUCAUGUACUUUUAUGGUCACACUUUUGAAGUCAAAACUUACAAAGGCAUGGGAACAGGCAGUUUUAGUUGGGGUUUAUGUUGCAAUCUGGUUGUGAUUUAUAUGCCAAAACUGGAUGUUAAACUGUAAUACAUGUAGCCAGUGGGAGUGUCUGUACAAGCUGGUGUUUUAUGUCUCGUGUUCCUGUCUGCAUGAUCUGUUAAAAUGAGAGAUUUUUACCUACUAAAAUAUGAUCUUUGAAGCUA